AUGGAUCUUCUUGACGAUGGCGGGAGCUCCUCCUCAUCUGGCGCCGACACACCUCGCCACGAGGUGGAUGGUGCUGAGGCGCGCUUGCGCCUCGACGUGGGGCAACGCCAUCCCAUGCCAGACAUCGUCGGGCAAUGCCUCGGGGAUGACAUCACGUGGAAAGGCUCCAAAACUCUUCGGAUCGCGACAAUCCAGUGUGGCAGCACGGGUCGAGAUCGAUUCCAGUGGGGCCUAUGGCAUGGUCAAGGUCUGCGCACCCUGGGGGCUGAUGUCGGAAUUCUGUCGGAAACUGCCCUCCAAGGAGAUGCACAACAUGCCCAGGCCUGCCAAGGCCUCCUCUCGUGCGGUUACCACGCUGUCAGUCACGGACGUCCUCGCAACGGCCCUGCAGACUAUGCAGCUGCUGGGUCAGGUGUCAUCCUCGCCGUCCGUUCAGGUUACUCGGGUAGCUGGACGGAUGUAGCCAAAGACCCAUCAGGUCGGGCUGUCUCGGCCGUCCUGCACACUAACAGUGGCAUUGAUGUUCGGUUUCUCGCGCUCUAUGGUCCUGUCGGUGCUUGUCUCCCACAAUUCGGCGUAGGAAGCCCGCAGCACAUUGCGGAUGAACAGGCCCUCAAAGACUUCAUAGACCAACAAGCGCACAAAGCCGGUGAGCUGCAACAGCUGCUUGUGGUCGGAGGUGACCUCAACUCCUUUGCCGAUGUUGAUUUGGACAGCUGGGGAGGACAUUAUCUCGUACGCCAGUCAAUAGCCUCCCACUGCGUCGGAUGUGGUCUUCAGGACAUGUUCAGGUCCCGUCAUCCCCGCCUGAGAGCUUUUACCUUCUACUCUCAAGCCGGCUCUGCCAGCCGUCUUGAUUCCAUAUGGUGGCUGCCCUGCCCACAAGUAGAAGUUCAGCUCCUCAACGCAGCCAUCCUUUGGCAGUGGGACCGUAGAGUUGACCAUGAUCCGGUGCUAGUGGACCUCGCAUUGCACCUGCCGGAGACGGCGAUCUCCCAAUCUAUUACGCCACCGUGGCGCAGCUUAGUCCGUAGGCUGGAUGGGGAUCUUCCAACCUCCGUUGCAAUGAGAGCCGAGGAGCACUCACACCAAAUUGCCCAGCUUGCAGCUGAGUUGAACGCUCUCGAGUCCCAGUGGCAUACGAUCCAACAACCGGCUUCGGAAGGGUUGGACGGUUUCUUAGGGGCCCCAGCUCUCACGGUGCCUGAUUGUUUUCAGGACCGUUUAAUCGGUGCCGUGGAUGGUGUCAUGUCAGUGCUCCUUUCUUGCCUCCCCCCCGUGGCACCCCCUGUAAACAGGCGUGACUGCCGCGCUGCUGCGGCAUGGCAUGCGUGCCUCCUUGAACUCAAACGAGUCCGGCAGGCCAUCAGGGAUGCCAUCCCUCGCCUCGGCCACGACCUCAUCUUGUCGUGCUUCUCGCUUGACGAAGGGCACCGCCUCUGGCAAAAAGCUGCCGACAUGGAAGCCCACCUGCAAGCCUCGGAAACGUCGCGGCCCGAGUUCCCCCUUCCAGACUGGGCCCGGUAUUCUCCUGAGUGGGUGACUGCCGGUGACGGCUCACGCCAUCGCCCCGGCAGUGCUGCAGAUGUGCUAGUCGGGGCCACUCAGGAAUGGGCGAAGCUAUUGCAAGAGCCGCCUCUAGCAUGGCAUCAUGCCUCCUUGAUGCCCUUCCUUGACUCCCGCUGUCAACCACGCGGAGCCAUGCAUUUCGUCAACAUAGGCGAUGCGCCCACCGGUCAUGACACUCAACGCGUGGGGCAAGCCCUCCUCUCACCUGGUCCUUGGCGUUUGGUGCACUUCCAGGCCGCCGAUGUAGGCUUCACUGUGGGCCUGGACUGCGUGCGGGUGGGGGAGUGGGUCCUAUGCUGGAGGCCAGACGGCUGGUAUGCAUCUCGUCCCCAGCCCUGCCCGGGCCGCCUCUUCCGUGUAAUGUCCUUGCGCGACAUCCCCGCAGCACACAUCACUCCAGAUCAUCUCAGCUGGCCUCCUCCUUCCAGUUUCCUGGUGAUGCGCAUUGCGGAGCCCCCGGCUUAUGACCUAGUGGGCCGCACAUCUCCCGCGGAGACUGAACACGUGAAAGCCAUCGAAGCCCCGGUCGUUGAAAGGUUGGCCCUGUCUCGCACUUGUUGGUCCACGGACACCCCCUUCUCCGUGUUGAAUCGGGCCUACACCAAGGGAGUGUCGGCUGCUACAGAAGUCCUCUACUUGGACUCGUUAGUGUGUGAGGACGCUCGUCGGCACCACCGUCCCCUUCUCCGCAUUCCUGCCGACUAUGAGAAGUUCUUUAACACUCUCAAUCUACCGCAAAUUGACGCUGUACAGCAAGGACGGGGUAUCCCGGAUGCAGUCCGCCGCCUCCAUUGCUCGCUGUUCGGCAAGCUAAGGGUUACGCUGGACACGCGUUCAGGCCCUACUCAGCCCCUCGAGGUCACCCGCGGUGUGCCGCAGGGUGCAGUCUCUUCGCCUGAACUUUCGCGGACUGCCCAAGACCCCUUGCUCCGCCUCCGGGCAUGUGACGGUGCUGCUUACACCACGAGCGCUGCCCGGCGUGUCCCUGCCGCUGGAUAUGUUGAUGACAUAGAGCACUAUGGGGAUGGCCUUCAGGAUCUGCCAGCCAUCCUGCAGUCUCUCGCUGUUACAGGUGUUGGUUUCGCUUGGUCCAAGUUCUCCGCUUUCGCGACGGACUGGGACGAUACCUUACCCCGUCUGCAACACCCAGGCUUGAACGCAGCAGGUGCGUCCGUAGCCAGUUGGAACAUCUGGGCCGGAGGCGUGCAGCGCUACAAUCUCCCUCGCUCCCAAGCCGACCAAGUAGACGUCCUACUCGGCAAGAGAGGCACACCAAUGGACCGGCAUUCCCUAGCUUCCCAAGACCUCGUUGACAAGCUUGCGGCGGUCCGACAGCGCAUCGCUUGCAAAUGUUGUUCAUGGGAUGAAGGGUUGGCCAUGAUCCAAAUGAUCAUUGGCGGGAUUCUUGGCUAUGCUCCGCUCAUAGGCACACCGCCUCCUACAACGCUCCAUCAGGGGGAUGCAGCUCUGCACCGGCUGCUUCUGUCCAGUUUGGGCACUCGCAUCACUGCUGAGCACGUCAGCGUGUCAGCAUCGCGAAAAGUGGGUGGUUUAGGGGCUCCCCUGCUAACGGACCUUCUCGUAGCCGCAGUGGCAGCGGAUCUUGUUAGUUUGCUCAACGGCACGGCGCCUGCUUCUCUUGUGGCGCGAGACACCCUUCGUCAAGCCCUCGUAUGCUCGGCAGAGGAGCUGCCCAGACACGCUGGCACCCUAACCGAUGCCAUGAGGUUUCAAGCAGGGUAUGGUUUUUACGUUAGUUUUGCCACUGACCGGUUCGUGGCCCGUGUGCUAGACAACCUCAACACUGUAGUGCCGCAGUCACUAGUGGGCAGCUUCGUGCCCGCAAUGUUUGAUGCUGCUGCUCGUUAUUGUAGGUUUGGCUUGUUUGCUAACUCAAUACGCUCCGCCUGGAUGGAUAUCCUGCUCCAGCACGGCCCGCAUGCGGCUUGGCACGACCCUGCCCUCUGGAGUCGCGCCUUGCCCCAGCACGCUCCCAUUUCUCCGGCUGAAUGUGCCAGAGCUGCCUCUCUUGCUUGUGCCCAGUCUCAACAAGACUGGACCACGGAGUGUUCCCUUUUCCACGUCACUCCUCCGGAUUACAUCGCCGAGCAGUGGUCAGAAGAAGCAUGGGAGGACCCAUAG